CUUCUUUUUAAUCGUCGUCUCUUUGUUUUGCGCCCGUUUUCCCACCGUCAUUUCGUUUUUUAAACCCCCCAGUCCCCCCCACCCUCCUCGCCUCUCCGUCAUGGUCUCUCCGCGAAGCCCGUCGGGAUGUUCUGAGUGAGCGGGACUCGGGCAUCGUCAGGCCGGCGCGGAAUGGUAUUUAUGAACAGACAUUUCUUAUACAACUGCAGUGCUCCAAUCCUGGAUGUGAAGAUUGCCUUUUGUCAGGGGUUCGGUAAACAAGUUGAUGUGUCUUACAUCGCCAAGCAUUACAACAUGAGCAAGAGCAAAGUGGACAACCAGUUCUACAGCGUGGAAGUAGGAGAUUCCACCUUCACGGUUCUCAAACGGUACCAGAACCUCAAGCCCAUCGGUUCUGGGGCUCAGGGAAUAGUGUGUGCGGGAUACGAUGCCGUCCUGGACAGAAAUGUGGCUAUUAAGAAGCUCAGCAGACCCUUCCAGAACCAGACUCACGCCAAGCGAGCUUACAGAGAGCUGGUGCUUAUGAAGUGUGUCAAUCACAAAAACAUCAUCAGCUUAUUAAACGUUUUCACACCACAGAAAUCUUUAGAGGAAUUUCAGGAUGUGUAUCUGGUGAUGGAGCUGAUGGAUGCUAACCUGUGCCAGGUGAUUCAGAUGGAGCUGGACCAUGAGAGGAUGUCCUACCUGCUCUACCAGAUGCUGUGUGGCAUCAAACACUUACACUCCGCUGGCAUCAUCCACAGGGACUUGAAACCUAGCAAUAUCGUGGUGAAGUCGGACUGUACGCUGAAGAUUCUGGACUUCGGGCUGGCGAGGACCGCCGGAACCAGCUUCAUGAUGACGCCCUAUGUGGUGACCCGGUACUACAGGGCCCCUGAGGUCAUCCUGGGGAUGGGCUACAAGGAGAACGUGGAUAUUUGGUCAGUCGGGUGCAUUAUGGGAGAAAUGGUGCGCCACAAAAUCCUGUUCCCUGGCCGGGACUAUAUUGAUCAGUGGAAUAAGGUGAUUGAACAGCUGGGCACUCCUUCACCCGAGUUCAUGAAGAAGCUGCAGCCCACCGUGAGGAACUAUGUGGAGAACCGGCCCAAAUACGCCGGCCUCACCUUCCCCAAGCUGUUCCCCGACUGCCUCUUCCCUGCAGACUCCGAGCACAACAAACUCAAAGCCAGCCAGGCCAGAGACCUGCUGUCCAAGAUGUUAAUUAUCGACCCCGCUAAGCGGAUAUCAGUGGACGAGGCCCUGCAGCACCCCUACAUCAACGUGUGGUACGACCCAUCUGAGGUGGAGGCUCCUCCCCCUCAGAUCUACGACAAGCAGCUGGAUGAGAGAGAACACUCCAUCGACGAGUGGAAAGAGCUGAUCUAUAAAGAAGUGAUGAACUUUGAGGAGAGAACGAAGAAUGGCGUGGUGAAGGGACAGCCUUCUCCCUCAGGUGCAGCCGUGAACAGCAGCGAGAGCCUCCCUCCGUCCUCCUCCGUCAACGACAUCUCCUCCAUGUCCACCGACCAAACCCUUGCCUCCGACACAGACAGCAGCCUGGAGACCUCCGCCGGACCCCUCGGCUGCUGCAGGUGACUAGCCGCCUGCCUGCGCAACCCCAUGUUCUUCAGAAGGUGAUCGGACCCCCCCCUCUCCCUGAACGAGAACAAAAACGCGUACAGAUUCAGUGAUCUACCAGAAAAUGCUCAAUAUUGUAAUGUGUAAAAACAACAAUUAUUAUAAUAACAACAAUAACAAUAAUAAUGAGAUGCUCCACAAAUCUGACGUAUAAUUACAUGUAAUAUAAGUACUGGGUAACUAAAAAAGCCUGCAUUGUCAUUCAAAGGAAAAAAAAUAUAUAUAUAUAAAUAAUAAAAAAACACUGAUAUGUAUAUUUAUGAAACCCUCACUAGUUGCUUUGCUUUGUACUCCCUUCAUAUGGCAUCCGAAAAAAAAGAGCUUAAAGAGGCAUCUCUGUGAAGUGUAAUGAUAAUUAUGAUUAUAAUAAUAUUAAUAAUAAUACUGUUAACUGGAUGAUCCCCAGUACUUUGCAAGCUUCUGUGCUCUUUCAGUCGAUGUGGCAAGGUGGGCCUCUGUGUUUAUGACUACUCAAACAUACCCCCCCCCCACUUCCCCUUACCUGAUGUGAUGGUUUUGUGCCGGACCUCCAGAAGCAGGGGGUCCCGAUCAGAGGAUUGUGUUUGUGCUGGGCUCCUCCUUGUAAGGGGGCCAAAUGUAACCCUAUCUUUUGUAUAUAUGUAAUUCUGUACAGCUGUGAGGCGUCUCGAGUGGGACUGACGGCCAGUAUCGGGAGUUCUCUUGCGCACCUUGCCACAUCACCGCUUUGACCUUAGUUGCCCUUGCCUGUAGUCUUGCAUGACCAGAAAAAAAAAAA